AUGUCGAACCCUCACAGUAUUAUUCCUAGACCACGAUCAUCACCAUCUCAAGACGAUUCACCUACACCAAAUAUUGCAGAAUAUAUUAAAUCAAUUCCUUCAUGGUCACCUGAAGAACAAAUGAUAUUAGAAGAUAAUAUGAAACGAUAUCCUGCUUCACAAAAUGCUGAAUUUAAACGACUCACAUUAUUAAUGACAAAUUUACCUAAUAAACGAUUAAGAGAUGUUUCAUUACGUGUAAAAUAUAUGAAAGCAAAAGAAAAACAAGAUAUUAGUUGGGAGAGUUUUCUUCAUUCUUCUUUCGGUCAACAAAGGGUUGAAGUAUCUCCUUCUCAUUCUAUUAAAUCUCCUCGUGCUACUCCUACUGAUCGUGAAGAAGAACCUAAACGUGAAAGAAGAACUCCUUUACGUAUAAAACGUGAUGAUGAAGACCUCUCAGUUUCAAGUAAUUCAAAUCAAGUUUCUUCUGUUGGUUCUUCAACAAUUAAUGGAAGAGAAAGAGAUGUUAAUUCAAUGUCAAUAUCUUCUAAUGCUCCUCCAACUCCUUUAGUAUCUAAUCCACCUCCUGUUUUACAACCUCAAGUUCCGGUUGCCCCACAACUUCGUGUUCAAUUCCCAAAUAAUAUAAUUACACAAUGUGGUCCUUCACAAUAUGCAAGACCUCCAGUAUAUUCUCAAGGUACUUAUUCAUCUUCUUCAUUAGGGAGAGUACCACCAAUUAUGUAUCAAACACGUGAUAGAGGAUAUACACAAGAUGACCAAAUUUGUGAACAACUUAUCUCUGAUAAUGAACGAUGUUUAGAAGGUAUUACUAAUAUAGUAUUACAAAAAAGAUCUGAUUUUGGUGGUUUUAUUAAUGAAUUUAAUUCUAACGUUAAUAAAUUACUUCAACUUACAGGAAAUAUGACGGGAAAUCUCCCUUUGUUUUAUUUCGCACCAACUAAUAUUAACAUACCUAAAUUUAAAAAAGUUAAUUUACCAUCGCAAGAUCCCUCUGUUCGUCAGCCCCAACAAUAUGGAUUAGAUUUCCAAAUACAAAAACAAACUCCUAGAGAAAUUUCUAUCGAUAGUAGAAGAACUGAGUUAAUGUAA